UCAUGAAAUAUGGACGGCUGUGGUUGUGCUUUUGAUAAUAAUGGUCGUGCUUUAGCACUGUUAACCCCAGACGGUCGCCUGAAAAUAUGGGACUGCACUGCUGGAUCAUUAAAGCAUGAAUAUACUCCACCAUCGCACCUUUCUUCGUCCUGUAGUUGCCUCAAAUGGAGUCGAACUUCGAGAUCUGUGACAAAUCAAAGAAGAAAGAAAUCAAAGACUUCAAGACAGUCAUCAAGUUCAAAUGCCAGUGAUUCAAUAGCACUUGGUACAUCUUCAGGCGAUGUUCUUUUAUAUAAUGUGGCUGCUGGGGAAGUAGAUCAGAAAUUGGAGGGCGGACAUGACAGUAGAGUUAAUGACCUGUGUUGGAGUGACGAUGAUGGCACAUUGUUUUCUUGUUCAAAUGAUAAACAUAUAACUGAGUGGAAUACAGAAAAUGGGCAGAGAAAAUGUAAAUGGAAAGCAGAUAAACAUGGUGUAAGGUGUAUGCGACUUGGUCCAAAAGGAAGUACUCUUCUCUCGGCUGGUAGAAGUAUUAAACUUUGGGACCUGGAGACAAAAGAAGCUCUUAAGAAAUUUACUGGUCAUGCAUCUCCAGUAACACAUCUCCAGUUCAUCCCAAGUAACUUGUCACAUGAUUCAAAUGCAAAUCAUAUUCCAAAUAAUGGUAUCAGUGGCCAGUACUUUAUUUCAGGAGCAGAGCAGGAUAGAUUAAUGAACAUAUGGUAUGUCAACUUAGACUCGCCGGAAAAAAAUGCACUAGUCUCACUUUCAAUCACAGAUGAGCCAAUAGCAGUGGAUGUUAUACGACAAAGUAACAGAAACAAGCCAAUUCACAUUGCUAUUGCCUCAAAAGAUGGUCAGCUACAUAUUUUUGAAUAUUCACUCAAUGGUGGUGGUAAGAGGCCAUUGAGGCCCAAAAGGACUAUUCAACUAACAUCUUCAGAAAAAAAGGAUGGAACUCAACCUCCUAUACCUGUACUGUGUGUGCGCUUGUUGUCUGAAGGAGAACCUGAAGCAUUGAUUGCUUAUGGAUCAACACUCAAACCACAGUUUGAGACUCUGGCUUAUUCAACAAUGGAGGAACACACUCAUCUUGUAAGGGAGAGCUCUUCAAAUCUUCUUCUCAAUGAUGGUGCUCAUGAACCUUUUCAAAUCGACAAAGGGAAGGCACCAUCUUCAGAAGUGACAACUCUAGGUCCUGGAAACAUGGCACGGGCAACUCCUGCCAUGGUGUUGGAUGAGGGAAGGAGCAAGUUGAAGCGAAAAGCUGAACAUGAAAAAAAGGAAUCUCUCGAAGAACAGAGUAUUGAGGACAGACUGAAGGCAAUCAAUGCUGAAGCUGCUGAGACAUCAAGGAAAAGAGGAAGUGACCGCCCCACGGCUGAUUCAUUGGCCCAGAUGCUCAUACAAGCUCUUCAUAGUCAAGAUAACUCUCUAAUGGAGACUGUGUUAUGGCAUGGCAGUGUUAAUAAAUCAAUCAUGAAGAAUACAGUCAGAAGACUUCCAGUGAAUCUCGCAGUUCCAUUCUUGAGAGAGCUUGUUCACAAAAUUCAAGCCGCACCAGGAAGGGGGGAAGGCUUGGUGUUGUGGAUCAAACAUAUUUUAAGCACACACAUGGCAUAUCUUAUGACGGUGCCAGACCUUGUGGAUUCCCUCAGUGGAUUAUAUGCCAUGUUAGAAUCACGUGUCAGUGUUUUUAGUAAAUUGUGUAAACUACAAGGGCGCUUGGAUCUGAUGCUGUCGCAGGUGGACUCUCAAAGUCAAAACAAUCAAGAGGAAGAGGAGCAUGUUGAACCCACUGUUGUGUAUCAAGAGGAAGAUUCAGAUGAGGAACCGCUUGUACCUAUUGAGGUUGAACACUCGGAGUCUGAUGAAAAUUGGGAUGAAAAUGAAGAAGAAAAUGACACGGAAGAGGAAAGUGACAAUGAAAAUGAGAUCGAAGUGGAAAAUGAAUCUGACGACGAUGAAUCUGACGGUUGAAUGAACAAAAUCAUGCACACAGAUCACGUUGUAAUUAGGUUUUAACGAAUAAAUAAUUGUUCAUAUUUGAAA